AUGGCGGCCGAGGAGGAGCGCCGCAGGGCUGGGCGCGCUGGUGGCGGCCACCGUGGUCCUGGUGCUGCUGACGGCCGCAGGCGAGCUGACAAAGGAAAGGAGCCCCCGCCCGAGGACAUUCGCGCGCUCGGCGGGGCCACCCUCGCUCUGACGGCGAAGCCGACGCCUCGGGAUCCCCAGCCAGUGAUCGAGCACGGCAUGCCCCCGAUGGUCUCGACCGUGCUGCUCAAGAGGAGCGGAUGGACAUGCAGGUGGAGCAGACUACCACGGGCAAGCCCCCAGUGGGACCCCAUCAUGCUCAAGCUGAUCCGUGGCAACAUCCUGGUGGAGAUCCAUGGCAUGAACGCGCUGCUCCUGCUGACGGACACGCUGCGCACGGACAUGCAGGCCAUGCUCCAGAGCUGCAUUCGUCAGGCCACUGAUGCGAUCGCUGCCACCUCCAUGGCGCAAGUCACGUCUUGCCAGACUCAGCUGGUGCGCAUGUUCCAGACCCAGCAGGAGGCCGUCAACAGAUCCCUCGCCGUGCAGACACGCGACAUCGCCGCCAUCGGUCAGCGAGCCGACGCGCUGGAGGCCGAGCAGGCUGCCAUGCGCAAACAGAUCGGUGACAUCAACAAGGUGCUGGCCAUCGCGGAGAAGGAGCUCCCCCUCAUGGACUUCCAAGAGCUGGAGGCGUGGGGCCGCCAGCCCAACCCGAGGGUCUUCUCGAUCGGCGCUCCGCAGCUGGUUGGUCCCGCGCAGGCGCUGCAAGGCCUCGAAGAUUGGAUUCGCGCUGCUGGCCUCACCAAUGACAUGGUCUGCCUCGACCCCGCUGUCCCAUCCAAACGCUUCAACGUCCUGGUGCAGGGUGGCGACAGCGUCGCUCUUCCCCGUGCCCAAGCCCUCGCUCGGCAGCUUCGAGACCCCGCUGGCAGGAACGGGUGGCGUGCUUUCUGCGCGCAGAGCGUCGGAGGAGGCACCGUCCCGCUGUACAUAUCGCCCGACAAGUCGCCCCAGCAAGUGCGAAUGGAGAUCCAGUCGAGGAGGCUCUCGACUUUGCUCGCAGAAGCUUAUCCUGGCAUCUCCUUCAGUGCGCAGCGAGCACGGGGCAUCGUCACCUCCCAGGGCGUCAACGUUGCCAAGCUCGAGAUGGGCGAAUCCCGACACAUCGACACGAUCAUCAGGUGGAACCCAGACAUGGUGGCCAGGCUGCACAUCGACAGGGAGUCCAUCAACGCGCAGUUCAAGAAGGCCUUCUCCGUGGUGGACAAUACCGAGUGGAUUUAG